AUGCUCCUGAACUCGGAAGCUCGAGGCGUGAUGCGGAUACUGACCGAGUCACUGGAACAAUUUGACCGCGUCAUUCGUCGCCGUCGCUUUGGUUUCCAGUCCUUCAUCUACUUUCCAAAAGUGAACGCCGACGCGUUGUUUGAACGGUGCUGUCUGGUCUGCAACAAGAGCUUCAGCCUCUUUCGUCGAGAGUUCGACUGCCAACUCUGUGGGCACAUGGUAUGCAACGACUGCUCGGAGCAGUACGACGUCGAGGUGCGUAUUGGAGAGAUCCGGAAAACCCGUUGCUGCAGACUGUGUGUGGUCCGGGUGGACGCCUGCAAGUACGACGACGAAGACUUGCUCCCAGCGCUGGGUCCCAUUAUUGUUUAG